AUGGGAAUUAAGACUAUAUCUGACUAUGAGGAGGCAGCCAACAAGAAAAAGGGCAACACUACAUUCGCUGGUGGAGAACAAAGUGGGUUGGCUAUUGAUCAGCCUGUGACAUCGUCUAAUGAGCGGAUGGAGUUGUACGCGGAUGGUUUCAUGAUGUUGGGUCGGUUUCGUCCUUUCUCGGAGCCGGGGAAUCGAGAGUUAUGGGAGGCAAUAAAAGCGGGUGAGGCUCCGGCGGAGUUGAGAGAAGUAAUGAGGAAGCAUCCAGAAGGUCUGACUGUUGAAAUAGUUGACAAAACAAGUCGGGUAUAUAACCAGGAGCCGGAGCGAAGAGUUGAGCAAGCUUCACACUUAUUUCAAGGUCCAGGUUAUAGUCUUAGUCCCACUGCUGGUCCUGAGUUGACGGAGCCCCAUCAACCGUCUUUCAAAGACAAACUAAAAAGCAAGCUUUGUGGCGUUGGAAGCACUGCCAAGCCAUUCUCAGUAGAUAAUUCUAAGCCUACCAUCACCCUUAAUUUUAGAUACCUGGAUGGAUCGCGAGGUAGUCAAACAUUUAACCUGCAUCACAACGUAGAUGAUGUCUACCAAUUCGUUACAGCCCAUACAAAUCCCGGCCGUCCUUUCCAAAUCGUGCAUGGCUUCCCACCCAAAGCAUUACCUAUCGACAUUAACAUUGUGAACCUACAAAACGAACUUCUUACUCAAAGAUAA